GAUUCAGUGAAAAUAAACAACAGAUAUUUCAGCAAAGAUGACACUCUUGAGAAGAAGCUCUUUUUAGAGGAGGUGGAGGACAAACUUCCUAUUCAGUCAAAGGAUGAUUUGCUUGCCACAAUGAGAGAGCUAAAUAUGCUUAGCAGCUCAGGAAAGAGUCAACAGAGAGCCAGCCUCUUCCACAAGUUGGUGUCUGAAAUCCGUGGCUUGAAAAACGAGACACUGUCUGGAGCCGCUGAUGAGAUGAUGAAGAUCUCAGAGUGGCUUACGUGGCAGACGCUCUUUCAGUGUGGAACCGAUGAAUGUACCAGUGCCAUCAUGCAGAUCCUCAGGACUUUUGAUGAGUCAGCCAGAGAAGUGGAUGCUAUAGUUUAUGCUUUGAGUCUCUUACCCCAGGCCAGCCCUCAGAAGGUUAGAGAUAUGCUAAGCAUGGCCCAAAACAAGCCAAGCAAAGCCAUCAUGUACGCUCUUGCCAACACAGUGAAACAACUUCCUCAAGACCAAGCAACGUCAACACCAGAAGUUAAGGAAGUAGCUGAAUUCAUGGAGUUCAUGCUAGGUGAUUGUUCUGGAGAUGAAGACAGUACUUACCUUACAUUAAGGGUUAUUGGUGUCAUGGGAAAGUACAUGGAGGGAUUCCCAUCUCUGAAGACUUCUCUCCUAAAAUGCAUGGGCCAGACGUACGCUUCUCUGCCAGUACAAAAAGCAGCUAUCCAGGCUUUCAGACUCAUGGAAAUGGAUUCAGAU